GUCGUGCGAUACAGUUCUGGGUUUGCUGAAGAAGACUCUGGAAAAAAGUUCAUCCAUCACAAUUGAUUCGUGUUCUUGAAACGAAUCUAUCGAUUCAAACACAUGAAACAUUCGGUGAAUCGGCCUCCGACACCAGAUGAAGACGAUGUGGCGGAUGGUUUCGAGAAAGACAAGGUCACGCUUCGAGAAAUCAUCAACGUCAAGGUUUCAGAUUUUGUAAUGCGAAAUCGAUUUCAGUUACUGUUGUGGACUUUUGAUUGAAAGGUUUUUGGAAAUUUGAAAUCGUCAUAGUUGGUGGAGAGUGGAGAGAAGGAGAAUCUAAUGGAGCUUGUGAGAGAUAGAUUGGUGGAGUGUGGUUGGAAAGAUGAGAUGAGAAUUGCUUGCAGGGAGCAUGUAAAGAAGAAAGGGAGAAAAGAUGUUACAGUCGAUGAACUGAUCCGAGUGAUCACUCCUAAAGGCAGAGGUAAAAUAUAUAACGAACAAUCCGUUUCUGUAUCCGUUAAUUCGUUGUUAGUAACCUUGACUUUGUUUCUAUGGAUGUUUGUCGUGUAUGUCUGCAGCUUCAGUACCAGAUUCUGUGAAGGCAGAGCUGUUGAACAGAAUUCAAAACUUCAUUGUAUCAGCUGCUCUUUGAUGGUGUUUUGACAAUUUUACUACGAACAUGGUGUCGUUGUCUCUAUGUUGUGGUUUUUAGUUGUAUCCAAACACUAACCAGAUAGCAGCCAAAUUUUUUUUAUCAAAUGUAUCAUCUUUGCUGUUGUAGAAUUAGCUUUUUUCCUCCUCCUUCAGGUUUCAACUCCUUUUUGUACCAAAUCAAAGCGUUGCCAUCCUC